GAACUAAGCAUCUCAGAGAAUUAUUAGAUUGGAUUUUUAAUUUUUCAAACAAGUUAAAUAAAGACCAAUUCUUUUUUCAUACUUAUAAACAAUCAUGUCUGGUGGAAUGGCUGGACUACGCAAACUGGCGGACAAGCUCUUCACUCCCAACGAAAUUCGUCGUUUUCAGGCGUACAAAAACCGUUUCAGUGAGAAGUAUCUCAGUGUGGAGGGCUUAAAGUCGAACUUCAAGAAAGCGCGUUUCGAAAAACUCUUCAAUCGCCGUAUGUUUUCAUCGAACAAAGAGGCUUGCCACGAGGAGCCAAAAGCCAAGAAGGAGUGCGACCCCAGUUGGGAUGAGGUUUAUCCCCCGGGUCCACCUUACGAGCCAUACGAUUCACAUUUCUGGUACCCGGACCCCGAGUUUUUGAACAAACAGCAAUAUGUGGUGCUGUUUCCCGAAGGUGAUGAGUGGAAGAGGCGACCAAACUUCACGGGAAAAAAGAUUCCACCCGUUGAUCGCACCUUUCGCACCAAGUUCAUCAACUUUGGACCCGCGCACCCAGCGGCCCAUGGUGUUUUACGCAUGAUCCUCGAGCUGGAUAACGAAACGGUCCUAAAUGCUGAUCCCCACAUUGGUUUAUUGCAUCGCGGCACUGAGAAACUGAUCGAAUACAAAACCUACACACAGGCUCUGCCCUAUUUCGAUCGUUUGGACUAUGUUUCCUGCAUGGCCAACGAGCUGGCCUAUGCCUUGGCAGUGGAGAAGCUACUAAAUGUGGAGGUUCCCCGUCGGGCCAAGUAUAUAAGGACCAUGUUCUCGGAGAUCAUGAGGCUUACCAACCACACCAUGGCCAUAGCCUCCUCCGUUCUGGACUGUGGUGCCAUAACCCCUCUAUUUUGGUUGUUCGAGGAGCGCGAGAAGUUGUAUGAGUUUUCGGAAAGGGCUUCAGGAGCCCGUCUGCAUGCCGCCUACAUACGUCCAGGGGGCGUGGCCGCUGAUAUACCACUGGGAUUCCUCCACGAUCUCUAUCAGUUUAUCAACCAAUUCAGCGAUCGAUUGGAUGAGGUGGAGGAUGUCGUCACCGACAAUCGCAUCUGGCGUAUGCGUAAUAUUGGCAUUGGCGUUAUCUCAGCUCACGAUGCCUUGAACUAUGGCUGCACCGGACCCGUUCUCCGGGCCACUGGCAUCAAGUGGGAUCUACGCAAGCAGCAGCCCUACGAUGCCUACGAUGAGAUCGAUUUCGAUGUGGCUGUGGGAUCGAAUGGCGAUUGCUAUGAUCGCUACCUGGUGCGCAUGCGGGAAAUGCGCGAAUCGGUGAAUAUCAUCAAACAGUGCAUAGAUUGUAUGCCACCGGGUGAGAUUAAGGUGGAUGACCUCAAGAUCUCGCCCCCGCAAAGGCGCAAGAUGAAGGAGGGCAUGGAGGACCUGAUCCAUCACUUCAAGCACUUCUCGCAGGGCUUCUAUGUGCCACCGGGUGCUACCUACACUGCCGUGGAGUCUCCAAAGGGAGAAUUUGGCGUGUAUCUCAUUUCCGAUGGGUCAACGCGUCCAUAUCGCUGUAAGAUUCGUCCAGCGUCCUAUGCUCACCUAGCACUCAUGGCCAAAUUGGCACCCGCCCACUUUCUGGCCGACAUUGUAGCCAUUAUCGGAUCGCUGGAUAUAGUCUUUGGUGAAAUCGAUCGUUAAGCGGGGUUUUGCAAAUUAAUAUUAUUUUUAUUGUAUAACCUUUCGUGUGCAUCAACAAUAAACAAAGAGUACAUUGUA